CUCUACUGACAUUAUCUAUCUAAAACGUCGUGGGGAAUAUGUUUCUUUUGUAGCUACUAUUCUACGAAUUUCAAUGUUAAAUACUUUUUGAGACAGGAUUCAUUAUUUCAUUUUCUAGAACGUAAAUAUUGCAGUUGUAUGUUUCCUUGAAUCUAUUCGAGCAAUUUCAAUUCUGUGGAUCUCUUUUUAAUGUUCUUGAGUAAACCAGACUUAUUAUUUUGGUUUCUAACGGUAUCGGACAACGAUGUGACAUAAAUAAUGGUCCUUUACAUUUUAAGCCGUAGAUAAUUUUUUGGAAAUAAUACAGUUGAUGCAGUUUUAUUUACUUUUAAAUGGUGUAAACUUUCAUCCUCAAAUACUGUACUUAGGAAAAAUAGUAUUUUCUAUUUAAAAUUUCUGCUCUUCACAAUGCAAAAAAACUUUGUUAUUGUAUUGGAUCAAGUGAGCUGGAUGUAAGCUGAGAAUGCCCGAUAACGAAAAGCAAACUGAAAACAUCAUUCCUAAUCAAUCGAAGGUUCAUGGAAGUUCGUCUCUUGAUAAAUCAAGUGGUAGUUCAGGUCCUUCUACACCUCAUCAUGAUGCUGAACAUAGCAGAAAUGAAGUUAACCCAUUAUUGAAAAAGGAACCUUUGUUGACAUAUGGAGAAUUAGUUAUUUUAGGAUAUAAUGGUAGUCUGCCUCAAGGUGAAAAAGGGAGGCGACGAAGCAAAUUUGUUCUUUGCAAGAGACCAGUUUCAAAUGGUGUUAAGAAAUCGCAACACUAUGUUGUUAAAACACCACAAUCAUCCAAAGCAAUUUUGGAUAGUACACAGCAUUCAAUAUCAUACACGUUAUCACGAAACCAAGCUGUUAUUGUAGAGUAUAUGCCAGAUGAUGAAACAGAUAUGUUUCAGAUUGGACGAUCAUCAGAAAGUCCUAUAGAUUUUGUUGUCAUGGACACAGUUCCCGGUGAUAAAAACGGUGAAGGAAAAGUUACACAAAGCACAAUAUCUCGUUUUGCUUGUCGAAUACUUAUCCAUAGAAAUCCAAACUACACAGCCAGAGUAUAUGCUGCUGGCUUUGAUUCUUCAAGGAAUAUUUUUUUAGGUGAGAAAGCUACCAAAUGGCAACAAAAUGGCGAAAUUGAUGGAUUAACUACUAAUGGCAUUUUAAUCAUGCACCCACGAAAUUCUUUUUGUGGUGGCAUGUCUGAGCCUGGUAUUUGGAGAGAGGUGUCUGUAGGUGGAGGAGUAUAUGCAUUAAGAGAAAGUCGUUCAGCACCUCAGAAAGGCUUAAAGAUUGAAGAUGAUACAAAUAUUCUUCAGGAUGGCACAUUGAUUGAUCUCUGUGGAGCAACAUUAUUAUGGCGUUCUGCAGAAGGAUUGAGCAAAUCACCUACAAAACAUUUGCUAGAAGAAAAGAUUGAUGAACUUAAUGCUGGUCGUCCUCAAUGUCCUGUUGGUUUAAACACUCUUGUGAUACCAAGAAAAUCUACAUUAAUGUCAAGUGAUAAACAACCAUAUGUGUACCUCAUUUGUGGUCAUGUCCAAGGUCUUCAUGACUGGGGUCAAGACAAAGAAUCAAAUGCUCGUACUUGUCCUAUGUGCCUCAAGGUCGGACCCAUUGUGAAACUAACCAUGGGUAUUGAGCCAUCAUUUUAUGUUGAUUGUGGGCCACCAAAUUUUGCCUUCAACCCUUGUGGCCACAUGGCAACAGAAAAAACUGUGAAGUACUGGGCCUCUGUUCCAAUUCCCCAUGGAACAAAUGGUUUUCAUGCUGCUUGCCCCUUCUGUGCUACACCUUUGAAUGGGUCUCCAGGUUAUGCUAGGCUUAUAUUCCAAGAUCACGUAGACUGAAGGAAUUUUCCUGUGCAUACAUCUGCAUUUUUGUUUUUCUGUGAUGCUCGCUGUGAACUGAUUCUAGUACCUGAAUUAAGGUGUGGCCACAUACAUACAUGUUAUCUCAAUCCCAGUUAAAACUAAAUGAACUCAACCAUGCAUUGAAAUAUUACUUAGAAAGGGAUUUUAUUUUGUACUAACUUGUACUGAGAAUGUACUGUUAUAAGUGUACAUUCUGCUUCAUGCCAGUAACAAUCACUCUCAUUAUGAACUUUUUAUUUUGCUACCGGAGCUAAUAUUUGUUGUGUAUUAUCUAUAAUUGCUUUAGAAUUGGAUAUUUAGUUUUGUGACAAGAAUAUUUUGUUCCAUUCACAUGAUGAAAGCAAACUUUUUAAAACUGGAUCUGAUUGUUUAGAUUGUGUAGAACUUGUAGUCAUUUAUGAAGUUCCUUUAUUUAAGAGAUAUUUUAUAUGUAAAUAGGUUUCAUUUGUUGUUUGUUACUUCUUAUAAAUAACUUAAAAUCUCUUUGCUUUUGUUUCUAGGCAUGGGAAUAUGUGAUUAAAAAUGAAUUUAUAGUCAUGUUUUAUAUAUGAAUUUGUAGUUUUCCAAAGAAAUGUAUUUAAUUCACUGAGUUGCAGAUUUAGUUAUCAUUUAAGAAUGUGUUAUAAUUACUCUAAUCGUUAUGAAAAUCAGUUCUUGCAUGUAAUGUUUCAAUUUGGAUGUUUAUUGAUCUGUAUAUAUAUAUGCUGUUUCAACCCAUUCAAUGACCUGAAUUGUUUUUCUAUUUUAAUAUUUCUUGCAGAAUUUCAUGUAAAUGUUGCGAGUUGGAAUCCCAACAUAUUCUAUUUAAAAUGCUAAGUUUUGCAUCCUUUCCUUCCUUCUUGGAAAGGUCAAAGAAUGGGUUGAAAUUUCUAAAUCAGGUUCCAAACUAAAACUUAUUAAUCAAGUUAGCUACAAUGUAUUAUAUUUUUAUAUAUUCAUGAUUACUGUUUGUCCUUGUAAAAUACAGAAAAUUGCAUAUUGUAUUUUAAAGUGCAUGCUUCAGCAAAUAUCAAACAAAACUUUUACCAUAGGUGUAUAUUUUUAAAAAAAUUCACUUUUAUGAAAUAAAAACAAAAUAUCAUA